GGGGGAGUAGUACAUGCAGAGGAGGGAAGGAGGGGUAGUAGUGGUGAGUCUCCUCCCAGCAGGCGGAUCUCAAUUCACAAUUCAAUCCAGUCCGACUGCAACUCUGCAACGUGUCCGGGCUGCAGCUGCCCCAUCUACUGCCCCAUAUGGAGAACUGUAAGAAUGGCUGUGAAAAUGGAGCCCACUGUGACGGGGCAAAUGAUCGCAUACAAGGCGCCUUCAAAGCAUCGGAAAUCACCAUUGAGCUGACCACCUCGCCCAAAGAAAAGCCUGACCCGAGCACUCUGGUCUUCGGCACGGCGUUUACUGAUCACAUGUUCAUGGUCGAAUGGUCAGUGGCCAAAGGAUGGGAGAAGCCGACCAUCAAGCCUUUCCAGAACAUUCCCAUCCACCCCGCCUGCUCUGCACUUCACUACGCCAUCCAGUUGUUUGAAGGACUGAAGGCUUAUCGUGGUGUUGACGGUAAGAUCCGAUUGUUUCGGCCUCAGAUGAACAUGGAUCGAAUGCUGCGUUCUGCCAUCAGAAUGACUUUGCCGCCUUUCGAUCAGAAGGAGCUUCUGGAGUGCAUCAAGAAACUGAUAGACGUGGAGAGAGAGUGGGUGCCAAAGUCCACCGAUGCCAGUCUGUACAUCCGUCCCAUGUUUAUCAGCAUGGAGCCCUCUCUAGGUGUGAAGAGACCGUCCAAGGCUGCAAUCUUCGUCAUCCUCAGCCCGGUCGGGGCUUAUUUCCCAAGUGGGGCUUUUAAUCCAGUGUCACUGUGGGCCAAUCCGAAGUACGUCCGCGCCUGGAAGGGAGGCACCGGAGACAGCAAGCUCGGAGGGAAUUACGGGAACGCCCUGUUUGCUCAAUACGAGGCUCAGGAUGCCGGCUGUCAGCAGGUCCUCUGGUUAUAUGGGGAGGAUGAGCAGAUCACCGAAGUCGGGACCAUGAACCUCUUCCUGUACUGGACAAAUGAAACUGGAGAACUAGAAUUGGUGACUCCGCCUCUAGAUGGAAUCAUUCUACCUGGAGUUACAAGGCGCAGUAUACUAGACCUCGCCACCAAAUGGGGAGAGUUUAAGGUGACUGAGCGUUACAUCACCAUGAAUGAUCUUCUAACGGCAUUGAAAGAGAACCGGGUGAAGGAAAUGUUCGGUGCCGGCACAGCUUGUGUGGUUUGUCCAGUUGGAGCUGUCCAGUACAAGGGCGAGAACUUACACAUCCCGACAAUGGAGAAUGGACCUAAAGUUGCUGCUCGUCUAUUAAAAGAGAUGGUCGACAUCCAGUAUGGAAGGACGGAGAAUUCCUGGGGCGUGGUGGUGGGCAGCUCCUAGACCUCCUUCUGAAUCCUGAACACAAAGAACACAAGACAUACAAGUAUAGCCCGCUGUAUAGUAUUGCCCCGGUGAAAUGUGGGUGUUGGUGUUCCAAUCUGUGGGUUUAGCUCAAAGAAACCUUUUUUUUUUCCUAGCUGUAGAAAUCUGUGAAUCACCAUAAGCACUUUUUUCCCCCCAAUCAUAUCUUAAAUGAAGUGUUAUGUUGAUGUCCACACACGAAGUAUCCAUCGGAAAUGAUCCUCCA